CACUGGUGGUCACGUACAAGUUGUAAGAUUGUUCUAGAUAUAUCCUCAUACUCUUCCAGUCCGUCUUCUCCAGCACGUAGUCCAUUUCUGAGCAUAACCAUGAUGACCUCGUCUUUCACGUCCAUCUCCACGACUUGAAGACCAUUUCCGAUAACUCUGAUUACCCAGUCCUCUUUCCUGACGGGAUGGUGAGCGUAAAUGAAGCCGUGACCAAAAGAUUUCUCUUCAGCUAAAACGAUAUCCUCCUCAGUUGCUGUAGGUUCGCUGAGAAUCUUCCAUAUACUGUCGGAUAUCAAAUUCUUCUUGAAUACUUGGUGAAUGGCUUGUGCAAAGCCGAGUGCCGUUCCGAUACCCAUGCAGCUCACUAUAGGCAAAGCUCUAACUGCUGGGUCGUUGUACGGAAUCGAAUCCAUUCUCAUGAUUCCUAGAAAAUGUGGGUAGCUGGCAGACAUCAUAUCCAGACCACCACGUGUGAAGUGACAAACGAAGGCGUUGAGAAACCGGAAAAAAAAAUAUAUUUCUUUUUCCCAUAUCUCUUCCUCAUAA